AUUCAGCAUGUUUUGAAAUUGAUUAGUUUUUGAUUUAUCAAUAUACUCAUGCUCCAAUAUGAACAGUUUCUUGUUAAAGUUCAAUAUAAUAACUUUGUUUUCAGUUGAAAGGUAUUCGUCAGAAAGAAACGUUGUUAUUGUGAAAAAAAAUGUUUAAAAAUUGGGAGAUAUAGAGUUAUUAAUUAUAGUGAACGUUUCAAAAUAUACACAACAUGUUGAGAAUUUUAAAAAGUUUUUUAAAAAUUUUCUAUUUAAUUGUUACAAUAUGUCUCAUAGUAACACCCUCAUCAGCGGGUCCACCUUCACCAAGAAUUAUUAACGGCACAGAAGCUACUGUGGAGCAUGCAAAAUUUCAAGUUUCCAUAAGACUGAAACGUUACGAUAAUACAUUUGGCAAUGGCCACAUAUGUGGGGGUGCUCUUGUGGGAGCGAAUAAAGUCUUAACAGCCGCACAUUGCCUUUACGAGUAAGUGACGAAUAAAGUGAAUUGUUUGUUGUAAUAUACAUAUAUUUAUAAAUAUGUUCAUAGCAUUACCCUCGUUUAUACAGAAUCACCCUAUAUUCAAAAAGUCCCAACUAAUAUUUUGAUAAAAUUUGAACCAAUUUGAAGCCUACUAUAAACAUUUUACGCAAUCUGUAGGCCUCAAUAUCCAAGAUAUUUUGAUAAAAUUUGAACCAUACGUGUUUUACGUCAUAAGGACGAUAACAUAAUAAGAAUGUUUGAAAUCGGUCAGGCUUGGGGGGU